AUGAUGAAAAGAGCAUUCUUUAAUAUUCCAACUCGAUUCGCCAGCAACAAAGCUUCCUCCUUCCAAGCUCGUUUCACAGUCAUCAGCAAGAAAUUUUUCUCGCAUAGCCUCUUAACUAGAAAAGAAGAGGAAGAUAAACCUCUUUCCUAUUCCGAACAAAUAACUAAGCAAAUCAUCGAGCGAUACAAAAAUAUAUUAGAAAUGGCAGGCGACAAGAGUGGAUUGGAAAAACUACAAGAACAAUUAGAAUCCGAGGACAAUCAAACUCAUAUUCAAAAUAUUAUCCGAAAUGUUAGAUUGGAUCUAGUCGACGAGCCAUCAGAAGAAAUUAAAAAAGCACAAGAAGACAAAAUGGAUGACAAACGUAAACAACAAUUCGAAGAGAGAAAACGUGCAGAAAUCGAGAGGAGAAAAAACUCAGGGAAAGAAAAGAAAGAGCCAAGUAACAAAAUUGAAUAUAGAGUUGUUGAACGAAGUUAG